GAAGAAACCGAGGACACCCGGUGCACCGCCCAACACAGGUUAAAACAGAGCAGAGAUUCGAAACCAGACCUCAGCUUCCGGUCCCAGCCCACAGAGUCUUCAAUUUCCUUCGUCGGAAGUGACAUACAGCUCCUAUUCUCCUUCGCGUCCAUAGAGGUGACACAGGCUGGAGAGGCGGAAAAAUGGGCGGGACGAGGGGCGGAAGCACCCCUCCUACCUGGACCCGGAAAAACAUGGCAACCCCGGGUCGGGCUAUCCGGAAACCGGCUCGAAGAAGACGGGGAUUGGCCAUCGCUUACAAAUGUUGUGAGCUUUGUUUCAGGGCGGGAGAUCUUCCGAGACUCACUGGGGACCGGAUGUAGAAUCCUGCUUGUCUGUGAAAUGCAGUUAACACAUCAGCUGGACCUAUUUCCUGAAUGCAGGGUGACCCUUCUGUUAUUUAAAGAUGUCAAAAAUGCAGGAGAUUUGAGAAGAAAGGCCAUGGAAGGGACCAUCGAUGGAUCACUGAUAAAUCCUACAGUGAUUGUCGAUCCAUUUCAGAUACUUGUGGCAGCAAACAAAGCAGUUCACCUCUACAAACUGGGAAAAAUGAAGACAAGAACUCUAUCUACUGAAAUUAUUUACAACCUUUCCCCAAAUAACAAUGUAAUGUGGACUUUCCUAUUUCUGUUGACCUUGUCAUAAUAACAUACAUGUUCCCCAGUGUUGGGUUGGAGGCUAAAUUCCUGCAAGCCAGUGGUUAGUAAUAAACCAGAAUAAUAGUGAAGAGA